AAUCACACUAUGGUCACUUAUGACGUAACAUAAUGUUAUAAUAUAUAAUAAACAUCAAAUUCCAGACAUUCAUGUACAUCGACAUUCAACAAAACUCUUUGUUCCUACUUGAAGUUUUAUUGAGUUGAGAUAAUAUGAGGGUGUUGUUAGUAGCAGUGAUACUGAUGUAUAGUGUACAUGAGAGUCACGAAAGUUACGCCAGCAGAUAUGAAAUUAGGAGAUACUUGUAUGCUGCACAUGAGUAUAAACGUCUUCAUGGACUGGUAACAGAACUAUUGAAAGGUAUAAAGGGCCAGCCCGGAGACACGGGUACUAAAGGGGAUAAGGGAAACCAGGGCCCAUUGGGGGACGGGGGUAGUCAAGGCACAGGUGGUGACAAAGGCGAUAAAGGAUCCAAUGGAGGUGUAGGUGUUCAAGGAGGUGCAGGGAGUGUCGGUGAGACAGGAGCUCAGGGGACCAAAGCCGAUAAGGGACAACAAGGACAGAAAGGAGAAACAGGAAAUAAUGGCGCUAAUGGCGGCAACGGUCAAAAAGGAGAACCCGGGGACAAAGGAGAUGUUGGCGUGAAAGGGGAUAAAGGUGGUGUUGGGGAUAAAGGUAAUGGUGGAGCAGCAGGGACAAAGGGAACCAAGGGAGAUGUAGGGGCCGCGGGUGGAAAGGGAGAAAAAGGUGAAAAAGGCUCUACAGGCAGCAAAGGAAGUAAAGGGGACAUUGGAGAUACUGGAUUAAAAGGACAACCGGGGAAUUAGGAUUCGUAUUAGGAAUAAUAUAAACAUGAAGAUAGGGGAUACAUUUCUGAAUACUUUUGAGUUUUCUGCGAUCAUCAGAACAUUGAACAUUUACGAAUUAUCAAUCUUAAAUAUUGAAAUUAUUUGAUUGAAGUGAUUUAUAAGCAUUCUGUGUCCAUGAUAAGUAGUCUAUGUGUUUUUAGGUUUGCAUUCUGAUAUCC